AUGCCAUCAAAAGACAUUUUGAUACAAAAAGGGAAAACCCUUUUGAAUUUAGAUUUUGCAAAGCAUACAAGACCAAAGGUAGUACUUGCAAGUAAUGUUAGUUUAGAAACAGGAUUCUCCUGUGAAUUUUUAUUUGAAAUAUCAAAAUCACAUAUAAAUACUCUCAUUUUAACUGAUCAUGGACCACCAAAUUCUUUGGCAAGAACAUUAUAUUAUGAAUGGGAUUGUAAUAGUCAACUAAGUCAAAUUAAUAAAAAGGUUCCUUUAGAAGGGGUGGAACUUUUAGAAUAUAAAGCAAUGCAAUGCAAGAAGCAGGAAAGAGAGGCAGCACAACCAGCACUCGUUGCUAAAUCUUUGUCAAUAAUUGAAGAAGAUGAGGCAGAUGAUGAAAAGUCAGAAGCAGGAGAUGCAGACAUGGAAGAAUUAUUGGCAAAACAAUUUGACCUUUAUGUUCGUGAUGUAACAAAGUAUGGUGGUUUUUUCAAACAAUUGCAAAGUUAUUUGAUGUAUCCAUAUAUUGAAAAAAGGAAAAGAUAUGAUGAUGACUAUGGUGAAAUUAUCCCGCCUGAUAUGUUUAAAAGAAUUGAUGGAUCAAUUGGUAAUGAUGGAAUCGGUGUUGAACCAAUUGGUGAUAGAGAGGAUAUGGGUGGUGGUGAUAGAGAGGAGCUUGAUAAAGAUAGUAAUCAUUCUUCUUUGGAUUCUAAUGUUCCAACAAAAUAUGUAUCAUAUAAUGAAGAUGUUACAUUCAAAUGUCAAAUACAAUUUAUAUACUUGGAAGGAACUAAUGACAGAAGAUCAUUGAAAACCAUAGUACUGCAAGUACAACCUAGAAAAUUAGUAAUAAAAUAUUGUGCAAUACCAAUAGAAGAAAACACUAGUAAUAAUAAUCCUAUAUUUGUAGGUGAAGUGAAGUUAUCAGAAUUAAAAUGUUUAUUACAAUCUGAAGGUAUCACAGCCGAAUUUAAAGGUGAAGGUGUGUUAGUUUGUAAUGAAAAAGUUACCAUUAAAAAGAUUAGAACUAUAAUAUAUGCCCAACAUGCUUUAUUAUAA